AUGUGCGAUGUCAUCCUGGCCCACCCAUCCCUCACCCAAACCCCCAUCACUCUCUACGCUACCUCUCGCGCGGGCUCAGAUCUGAACAUCAUCCCACGUGAUCCCACACACAAAAUUCACUAUGCCUCCCUCGAUAUCUCCAGCUCGGAAAGCAUCUCCAGCUUCCAGCGCAUCCUGUCCGAGGCUGGCCAGCCUGUCGAUAUCCUCAUCAAUAACGGCGGUGUCUUUCUUGACGACGAGGCGACGUACGAGAACGCCGUUUGCAGCCUGAACGUCAACUAUCGAGGGACACUGGAAAUGUGUCACAUGGUCUUGCCGCACAUGCGGGAGGGCUCUCGGAUCGUCUCGGUCUCAUCCGUCCUAUCGCGGCUGCGGGAAUACUCGCCAGAGCUGCAGGAGCGGUUCCGGACGGUCUCGACCCUCCCUGAGGUGGAGGAGCUGGCGAGCGAGUAUCUGGAGGCGUUCAAGGCGGGAACACUGGCGGAGUGGGGUUGGCCGAUGGAGGCGUACGGUGUAUCCAAGGCGCUUAUAAAUGCGUUCACGCGGGUGCUAGCGAGCGAGAAUGAGGGGGUUUUGAUCAAUUGCUGUUGCCCUGGAUGGGUGGAUACGGUGAUGGGGCAGAAGGUCGGGGGUUCGCCGCCUAAGAAGCUGGAGGAUGGAGCAAGGAUCCCAGUCAUGCUAGCAUUGGGGGAUAUAGGGGGAGUGAGCGGGAUCUACUGGGCAAAUGACAGUAUUGAGAGUAGCGAGGAGGGCAAGGUACAGGUAUGGUAG